CAAUCGUUCAAAGCACACCGCAACGCGUUCUCAAAACAGUUUCAUAAUUUUUAGAAAAGAUUUUCAAGCUCGUUUAAUCGCCGAACAGGGACCAGAAAUUGGUGCACAUUUGAAGGAUAUUUCUCGUCGUGCAAGUCUCUUUUGGAGAGAAUGUUCUCCCGAAGAUAAAUACAUGUAUGACCGAAUUGCUGCAUGUACAAAAAAAUUGCACGGAAAGAAUUCGACUCGUUAUCAUCAUAAACCAAUGAAGCCAGGAAGAUGCGGUACAGAGUAUAGAGAUAAUGAGAUGGGUAGAAAACAAAAUUCUCAAAAUUCAUCUCCUUUACCCUUUACGAAUCAUGUCUCUCAUGCAAAUUCCACAAACUCAAUUCAUGGUCAUUUAAAUAACGAUAAAUUACCCCCUAACAAUUAUUAUCAUUCUUAUAUUACAAAUUUUCAAUUCUUCAAACAAGGUGUCGCUUCCCAUAAUCCAAAGUUGUUUAACAAUCAACUGCAAAUCAAUUCUCUAUCUUCAUAUGACAAAUCUCUCAUCAGUUCUGUUGAUAAAAACACCAGAAUCUGA